GGGAGACUCCAGCAGUUGUGCAGCUAAUACAAUAUACAAAAAAAUUAUAAUACACCCCAUCACUAGACACACUAGAGCCUCAGCCAGAGCCCCCAAACUCUGGAAGAUUCCAUGUUGCAGAAUCAGAGGGAGGUGCCAUGAGAGCAUCUUGCCUUUUUCCUUGUUUGCAAGUGAAAUUGAAUCCAGAGGAGGAGGAGGAGCUGAGAGCAACACGCAGAAGUCUGGCUGAGAUCAACUCGGCGGCUCAGUUGAGUUUCAGGAGGAAGCCGGGCGCACGGACAGAGGUGACAGCCGAGAGCAGAGAAAAGUCCUCCCCGUGCGACACUAUGGCCCAAGAGCGGCACCGACCCCGACUCUGCCACAUCAAGAGGGGAGAGCAGGGCUACGGCUUCCACCUGCACGGAGAGAAGGGCAAGAGCGGCCAGUUCAUCCGCAAGGUGGAACCCGGCUCCUCCGCUGAGGCUGCGGGACUGAAAGCUGGAGACCGAGUGCUGGAAGUCAACGGGGAGAACGUGGAGAAGGAGACGCAUCACCAGGUGACAGCCGAGAGCAGAGAAAAGUCCUCCCCGUGCGACACUAUGGCCCAAGAGCGGCACCGACCCCGACUCUGCCACAUCAAGAGGGGAGAGCAGGGCUACGGCUUCCACCUGCACGGAGAGAAGGGCAAGAGCGGCCAGUUCAUCCGCAAGGUGGAACCCGGCUCCUCCGCUGAGGCUGCGGGACUGAAAGCUGGAGACCGAGUGCUGGAAGUCAACGGGGAGAACGUGGAGAAGGAGACGCAUCACCAGGUGGUUCAGCGCAUUAAGGCAAUAGAAAAUGAAACGCGGUUGCUGGUGGUGGACAGAGAAGCUGAUGAACACCUGAAAAAAUCCCCACCCAGGUCGCGUACUGAAUCCCAACCCAACUCCAGCGCCCCCUCAACUCCGACUACAGGGAGCAACAACAACGGCGAAGUAUGGAAGACGAAGGAGGACACGAGCCAUGAAGAUCAGCUGCACAAUAACCACAGCACGGAGAAUGGGAAGCAGGAUAUGAACGGGCAAGUGAAGGAGAGGUGCCCUCGUUUGUGUUAUCUGAAAAAAAGCCCCGGUGGUUACGGCUUUAAUCUGCACAGUGAAAAAUCCCGGCCGGGCCAGUUUAUCAGGUCUGUGGACCCAGGAUCACCAGCAGCCAAGGCUGGGCUGAGACCGCAGGAUCGACUAGUAGAGGUGAAUGGACAGAAUAUUGAAAACAUGAAGCAUUCGGAAGUGGUGGCCAACAUCAAAUCUAAGGACAACGAGACCAAGUUACUUGUUAUAGACCCAGAGACGGACGACUACUUCAAGAAGCUUGGGAUCACCCCCACUGAGGCUCAUUUCAAAGGCACCAUCCCCCUGACCAAUGGGAUGACCCCUACACAGCUGAAUGGAGACUCCUCAACUUCUUCAUCUCACAGCGACCUGCAAAGCCCAGAUAAGGACUCACAGGCAGGUGACCUGAUCAGGAGGGACCCAUUCGAGGAAAGCGGCCUGCGGCUCAGCCCUACAGCAGCUGAAGCGAAGGAGAAAGCGAGAGCCAAACGAGCCAACAAGCGCGCUCCCCAGAUGGACUGGAGCAAGAAGCAUGAGAUAUUCAGCAAUUUCUAAACCUCGACGCCGCCCACACUUUUCGCAAGACUGUUUUUUUUAAGAGCAGGGGAGGCGAAGGACAACAGGACCUUAACCAUCUCCCUAGCAAAAACUAAACAUUGCAAUUUAACAGCAGGAUCUGACCGUCACUAAUGAGAAGACCCAAAUCAUUAUCUGUUUAACCAUUUCAGUUGCUUUCCAAACCAGCUGCUCUGUGUUUUCUUUGCGGGGGGAAAUAGCUACCAUUACUGAUUUGGCCCUGACAGGCAUAAUAAACACUUGCGGCAGGUUUUCCUUCAGUCACAUUGCCUUAAAUGUGUGCCCAGCUUGUGGGCCCUCCAGCUCAACCAGUUUCAUGAUUCCAGAAGAUAACGUCAAGAGCAAUGGGAUUGUUGAACAGAGAUUACAAGCACAAGGGCAGUCCCAAUUCUGAUCUCCUGAUGACCAGCCUACUUUGCCUGCAUUGUAAAUUGUAACCUCUGUGUUUAUAAAUUGACUUCCUCAUCUUUCCUGUGGCUUUAACAAGGACUGUUUCCUCAGUCAGUGUCCUCUGCCUGUGUCUGACUAAAUCAUCAUCUGGUCAGCAUUGCCCAAGUGCAGCAGCAGAACACAGUCCCUGCCUUGAGAUCACUGGAUUGCAGAGCUAACCACCAGCAGAGCCAUGUUGUAAUCAUGCCAACCACAGACAAGCCUGUUUUCAUGUUUAUGGCUAGUACAUUAGACACAAUAACCAAGCUGUGCUGCAUUGACAGCAUAUA